AUGGCUUCGAAACGGGAUUCAUCGGCAUCGUCGUCGAUCCGUGACUCGCUCACAUCGGCCUCACGCUUCUCGUCGUUGCUAUCGCCCUCUUCGACGUCAAGUCUGACGACGAUCAGCUCGUCUUCAACCGCGACGGCCGGAGGUGGGGGCGUCGUUCCCGGUGGUGGUUCAACGAGUAACAACCACGGCGGCUCAUCACGCGUCACCUCCCUGUCGGGCACCCCAAGUAGUGGUGGUCUAUCCUCCUUUGCGAUCGGUCUUCCUUCGCUCCCCUCCGUCCCAGGUCUGGGUAGUUCGUCCUCUUCGAACGUCAAUGGAACCAGUUCAAUCGUAGGAGCUUACGGAUCCAAUGGCAGUCCCAUUACGACGACGCGACGCAUGACGCUCAUCUACGAUCGACCUAUUACCAAGACUCGAGGCAGCGAGAUCAGCCUUGGCGCUUGGAGUUAUCUGUUGGCCGAGAUCGUGCAGUACACCCAGAAGCGGGUUAGCGGUAUUGGCGAGUUUGAAAAGAGGCGAGUCGCCCAUCCUAUGGUUAAUGGAGUUGGGACACCCAAAAAAACUUACGUUCAAGUCGAACUCUAUUCUACAGACUGAAUAUCUUAGGUUACCGGAUCGGCGUACGACUCCUCGAGCUCCUACCUCUACGCGAUCAUCUGCACCCCCUCUCCUCGCGUUCGCCACCCCCUCCGACCCGAACGCUCCGACUGCUCCCGAUCCUAACCUACGUGCACUCGAUCGUCUAUCGAUACCUAUUCAACCGACCCGCCGAUUCAUUGGAACGCUCGACGGAGAACAGCGACGAAUACAUGAUCGGGGACAACGAUAUGGUGCUGACGAGGAACAUCGAGGUGCCCAAGGAGAUGAGCGAAUUGAGUUGCGCGGCGUUGGUCGCCGGGAUCAUCGAAGCCGUUUUGGAUGGCGCCGGAUUCGUGAGUUUCUUUUUCUUUUGCUGUUAGGAGCGGCGAUGAACGAAGGGGGGUUUGUGCUGAGGUGUAAACUGGAUUCGUCAUAAUAGCCGUCAAGAGUAACCGCUCAUUCGGUGCCGACGUUGGCGCAUCCGAGAAAGACGGUGAUUCUGAUCAAGCUCGCUCCCGAGGUCUUGAAGAGGGAAGCGGCGUUGGAUGGCACGUAG